AAACAACGAGUGUCAACAACAUUUGAAAUAACCAUGCUGGCUGAGAUUCAAAUUUUUUUAAAUCCAAGUAAUCUACCUGUCAAGCCAUUUGCACUUUCAAAACAUUGAUUGAACACAACUCGUGCUGAUUAGAUCGUUGCAAGAGUCCACCAUGGAGAGCGGUGCACCCAACAAGAGACCACGCUUGGACGACUCUCAAAUCAAUACCGACGACGAAGCGGAAACCGUUUACGACAAAGUAUACAAUCCGGACUGUGCGCUUGAUACGGAUGAGUCGGAAAGCGACGAUGUUGAGGGGCAAGUACGUAAUCUGCUGGGUACUGUGUAUGGUGAUCAACCUGUUCGAGCAUCGACAAGCACCAAGGCUUCAGUAAACGUCGACGCCUCUGCCGGGGUCUCCACCGUGUACUCCAAAGAGAAAAUCCCCGAUGGAAAGUACGGAUUAUGGGUUCUAAUAUCUAUACGCGACUUCAAGGGACAUUCCUCGGGGAAGGAGAUCGGAAAGUGGGGUGUGGCAGGUGAAGAUGUCCAGACGUUUCUUCACAACAGCUGGGAACUGUGUAAGCAGUACCUUAAGCAGGAAGUCGUUUUUUCAACGGAGCAGCAAGGUGGUGAAGCACGGCCAGCAUGGCUCGGAAGUGAUCCACAAGAAUCUGAUUUCGGCAAAUUUGUGCUUUUCAACGACAAGUCGAACCGUAGACUUUAUGCACCAGAAAAGCUAACGGAAAACAUUCUGCAACACUGGCGCAAAAAGGAAAUUCACGUGCUUUUGCAUCAGUAUUCCUUGUCAGUAAGCAGCAAAGCUGUUUUUAAAACCGUCAAGGAAGCUUUGCUGGAUCCGGCAGAAAAGGAUAAAUCUGGAGCAGCAGCUAUAAGAGCCGAAGAAGACGUUGUUAAGAAGCUUCGAGAGGUACACGGUGACAAAUGGAGGGCCCAUGACAUCGCAUGGAAAAUGUGGGCCACCUACAUAACCGCUGGUGAACCGCACCAACAUUCCCAAAUGCUGCUAGAACCACCACCGGCGAACAUCGUGCAACUAUUUGCAGCCAAGGAGUCAGCAGUUGUACGGAACAUUCAACGAAACUUCUCAAUGGCGCAUAACGUACAAGCAGGAUAUCCGAAUGAAAUCGCUACUCUUCGUCAAGCCGCAAACAUCUUAAAAGAAGGAAUCCAGACGAUAACCUCGCAGUUCCAGAUUCUGGAUCGAAGCAUUGAGGCUUUGGAGGCACGUUCAAGCUGCACUGGCUCGUUCAUCGAUGCUGCUGAGGAUGCGGUGCGCGUAGAAGAAACUGAUUUUUCUAACACUCUUGCUGAACACGUUGGAACGCAGAACGAUAACGAACACAUGUAAUUGCCUUGUCCUGAAAUAUAAUUACUCUUCGAUAGUUUAAAAACUGUUUUAAUUACGAAUAUUUAGAACCUAUCCACUAAAUUACUAGCUAGAAGUGACUUUAAAACCCUAAUAAACUAGUUGCUGGUUUCCGCCUUGAGAAAAAAACAAGUUCAAAAAUUGCGUCUUUUGAUUGAGCUACACCAGCAAACGGAAGUAAGAAGGAAGGAUUGGGCUUCAAACAAAACGAACUUGUGACACCGAGGGUACUUAUUCUUCUGGCGCCAAGACACACGACUGUUUCACUUAAAGGUAAUUAUAUAACCUUCCCAUAAAGCAGACCACAUAUGAAGGCUCUCAGAACACAGAACUGGGUAACGGAUCUUGAUCGGACAACAAUUUCCAUAAUAUUUUAUCUGUGUUUCUCAACUUUUUCGGGGACUUUUUGUUUAUUGGAAUAAGCUGUGAUGAUAAUUUUUUUUCUGGCAACUGUGAUGAAAAUAAUCCCGCAGCACUCUAGCAAGGUGCAAAGUGCGCAAAGUUGACAGUUCUCAGUCAUGCAAAGCAGUGUGAUGAAAAAAUCUAGGCCU